CGCACGGGGCCCUCCCGGCAGGUGGGUGUGCGCUUCGCUGUGUCCCGCGCGCAACUUCCAGGGCGCCCUGAACUCAGAGGCCGCGCGCGGCUUCCCGGACCCCGCGCAGGGCGCGCGGGAACGCAUGGAGCCCACGGAGAGGCAGCAUCUGAUGGACGCCAGAGCCGGAGCCCGGUCUUACACUGGAUCUCUGUGGCAGGAGGGGGCUGGCUGGAUCACUCUGCCGGCACCUGGCCUGGGCUUGCAGGCCAUUGAGCUAGCCGCUGAGAGCAACCAUUACUGUCAUGCCCAGAAAGGUCCUGGCAGUCACUUUGACCCCAAGAAGGAGCAGGCCCGGCGACAGCUCUUUGUGGCCUCUGCCAUCUGUCUGGUGUUCAUGAUUGGGGAAGUUAUUGGUGGGUAUCUAGCACAUAGCUUGGCAGUCAUGACUGACGCGGCCCACUUGCUCACCGACUUCGCCAGCAUGCUCGUCAGCCUCUUCUCUCUCUGGAUGUCCUCCCGACCAGCCACCAAGACCAUGAACUUCGGCUGGCAGCGAGCUGAGAUCCUGGGAGCCCUGCUGUCUGUACUGUCCAUCUGGGUCGUGACUGGCGUGCUGGUGUUCCUGGCAGUGGAGCGGCUGAUCUCUGGGGACUAUGAGGUCGAGGGGGGCACCAUGCUGAUCACAUCGGGCUGUGCUGUGGCCGUGAAUAUCAUAUCUGGCAUCUUUGUGGCCAGGUUCAGCCUGGCACUGGAGCUGACCCCAUUCUCCUGUGGUGCUAUGGACCAAAGCCAGAAUGGGCCUGACUCUUCACCAGUCUGGCCACAGGCACAGCCACGGCACCAGCCAGCAGCAGGAGAACCCCAGUGUCCGAGCUGCCUUUAUCCAUGUGGUUGGAGACUUUCUGCAGAGCUUAGGCAUCUUGGUGGCAGCCUAUAUUUUAUACUUCAAGCCAGAGUACAAGUAUGUAGACCCCAUCUGCACCUUCCUCUUCUCCAUCCUGGUCUUGGGGACAACCUUGACCAUCCUGAGAGAUGUGAUCCUGGUGCUGAUGGAAGGGACCCCCAAGGGGGUGGACUUCACGGCUGUACGGGAUCUGCUGCUGUCCGUGGAAGGGGUGGAAGCCUUACACAGCCUGCAUAUUUGGGCGCUGACCGUGUCCCAGCCCGUGCUGUCUGUCCACAUCGCCAUCGCUCAGAAUGCAGACGCCCAGGUCGUGCUGAAGGCAGCCAGCACCUGCCUGCAGGGAAAGUUCCACUUCCACACCAUGACCAUCCAGAUUGAAGACUACUCCGAGGACAUGAAGGACUGUCAGGCGUGCCAAGGCCCCUCGGACUGAGGCGUGGCCAGCACCCACAGGUGAUGGGGUGGAGUGUCCCCCCAAACCCAGCCAGGACACUGCCUGUCCCGUUAUAAAGCAGGUCCCUCUCCUGACCUCUGCUCUGUGUUCAGUGUGGAGGAACUGUGCCCUGCCUCCCCCAUCUGACUACAGCCAGUUGAAGGAUGGAGACUUGGCAAGUGUAAAGCCACUAUGACCCCACACUCCUCCAGCUUCUGGAUUGGUGCCCAGCAGGGCUGGGUUUGGGCCUAAUCCUCAGCUAAAGCUUUCCUACCACCGGCUUCAGGAAAGGCAGCGAGGAACAGUGAAGGGUGACAGAGGGGAGACUGGCCUCAAUGUCCCCUUGCCCACUGUCUUAUUUGCCAUUUCAGUCUGUCUGGCCUUUGCCUAUGGAUCGACACAGAAGCCCUGGGACAGAGUCUCUCCCUCUGCCUAUAAUAAUAUGGUUUAAGGAGGCCUUGGGGGUUGGGAGUUGAGAGGACCCUGCACUCUCAUACAUGUCCCCCUGAGAUGGGGACCAGUGGGUACCUGAGGCCUGUCUGUGCCUUCGUCACUUCAGCUGUGAGCCAAAUGUUUCUCUUUCCUGAAGGGAGGAGGCUUCUGACCAGGUAGGGACCUGGCCGGUUUCUUCUUCCCUUAUUCCCCCAGCUCGGGCACCACCUGUGCCAACGCAAUGACACCCUGGCCACAGGUGGUGGUGGGGGCAGGAUUUCAGCGUGGGUCCUGCCCGAACAGCCCCACAGCCCCUGGGCCAGCUCUGUUGCCGGCAUGGCCUGACCGGCUCAGAACCCGAGGAUGGAAGACAACGUUUGGGAGAGGCUGGCUUCCUGAAGUGGAUGCAGGUUCCUAAAUUAGGGGCAGCUUGUGUGUCCAAGAUGAAGAGUGGAGACCUGUGCCCAGUCUCCCGGAGAAGGCAGCACACCCCGUCAUUUGGCGGCCCUGGGUUUUACAAGCAAGUGCCCUUAGGUCUCAUCCGAGAAUAAGAGACUAAGAAGGAACCUACCUCACAGGGUUGUUGUGAGGACUGGAGCCAAAGUCUUUUAAGCACACGG